GUUGCUGUGACGUUGCGGCAAUGUGAUAUUUUGCGCUAGCUCGGGAUAGUUUGAUAACCAUUUCCGCCUUUUUCUCGCAUAUUUCGCAGUGUAUAUGUAGAAGAGCACGUUUAGUGAUCCAAUCUGGCAUAAAGUGCUAUUUGUAGAUUAAUAAACGCACCCAAACAAAUGGACCCAAACAAUGGCAGUCGCGCGAGUUGGGCCAUAAACCGACGAGCAGAGGGUUCAGUGAACAAAAACAAAACGGACAUGGCACUAGAGACACUACAACAACAGAGGCGCUCAACUGUAUUUGAGGAUAUGCCCCCUAUACCAGACGAGUUGAGCAAAGGUGCAGAGGACAUCAUACCGGGGCGGGACGAGGUGAACUUCAGCGCGGAUUCAGAGUCCUACAGUCCUGCAGGAGUAGCGGGGAAGUUCAUACGCGAGGAUGGGUCUUUAUCAGAGGCAGAAGCCCAUAGAAAAAUCAUAUCCCUCCUUAUUGAGAUCAAGGAGGAACAACAGAGGCAGUGGGCAGUGCUGAAAGACCUACAGGCCAGGGUUUAUGGACAGGUGUGUGAAGAAGAGGAGGAGGUGCUUGACAUUGAUCUGCCGCUACACACAAUGGAACAGCUUGAUGAAACGGAACGACAUCUAGAAAAUGCUGAAGCACAAAGGAGAAUGGUGUCACACCUCUCACGUAUGGGCGGAGCCACGAUAGAUGAUGCAGUCCGACGACUUAUGCACACUGUUCUCUCUUUCAGCUUGGGCUCAGAGCUCAACUGGGUUGGUAGGGGACAAAAAAGAAGCUUCAGAAACACCAGACUGCAGGGUGUUUUAUUUCGUGCUUUAAAGAGGACACCUGUAGGAAAGGAAGCCACACACCACCAGUUUGCUGAUGUAGUGAAGAAAUGGUUGAGGUUUGCCCCUUUCAGACAAAGAGGAAGUGGACGAAGACUGCAUGGCAUACCUCCUGUUGAAUUCAUCUGUCCCAAGUAUAAUAGUACUGUAGGGGACUGUGACCAGUUUAACCUGGAAUCUGAGGAGGUUAAGGUUACACACUAAAUAGCAUUACAAAGCCAUCCAUUUAAUAUGGGGAGGUGAACUUUAAUCAAAGAAUUCAAGAGUGUGAUGGGUUGAAUCUUGUCAUGUGUGAAUGUUGUAGUUUUUUGCUCAAAUGACAUAUUAGGUAAUACAAUAUUUUCUAUUCUUCCUGCAAAUGAAAAUAUACUGUUUUAACAGGGGAAAUUAAGGAAUUUAUUUUAUAAUAUUUGAUAUGCCCGUGUUAUUUCAAAUGUAAUUCAAUAUAUUUCUGUUUAACCUCUGAUGGCAAUUUAUUUCAAAUUUAAAUUCCAAUGUUAAAAUAGUUUUGCAGUCAUGUGAAUAUAAUUAAGAAUUGUAUGCCUUGUGCAUAGUUUAGUGCCAUUUUGCUUGACAAUGAAAAGACUCAGAUUAAAGACUCAAAACUAAUUAUUUAGUAAGCGCUACAACAGGAUGUCAAAUUGUUUUAUUAUUUAAAACAAACAAAUAAAAAUAUUUCACAUGUAUAUUAAUGACCUUGCUAAUUAAUAUGGUUACAUUUUGAAACAUUCGGUGGUAACAUUGGCAUUACAUGAGUAAUAUGAAAACAGAUAAUACCACCAAACCAUCUAAGGCUCAUUUCUGACCAAGGAGUGAUAGAUUAUAAUUUUUAAAUACCACAUAAUUUUUAGUACAGUAACCAAACUUUCUUUGUCAAGACUAUCAAAAUACACAUGAGACAUUUUUGUUUUUCAGAUUUGUUUAAUGAAAGUGUUUAAGAUAUAUAAACAUUUUGAAAAAAAGAAAACAAAUCCUGUUGUUUUUACCUAAAACCUCCCACCAAAAACUGGCAGCUGUGUAAGGUAUUUUUAAUCACCUUAAAAAUGACAGAAGAGGCUCUUCCAUGAGCAAUGAACAAUACACAUGUUUAGACAGUGCUCAGUUGCACUCACACAAACACUAAACACCAUCAGGGUAAGAUGUGAAAUUUAAAUAAUGCAGUAACUAAACUACAUCAAAUAUAACGAUGUAUGUAACUGAUAUGAAGAAACAUAACUAUUCCCAUAAAAUAUCAUGAAAUAUGAUGAGUCAUGCAGGGAAUUGUGGGAAUGUACGAUUAAUGUUUUUUUUUUUUUUUUUACUGUAAUUUUAACAAUAAUUUACUGAAACAAGUAAAAAUGUUCUCUCUUUUGAAACAGUGUACUUUUCUUUUUACCAUUAA